AUUAAAAAGUUUGUAAAAGUUCUAUGCACUUUUAAAAAUAGCUUACAUUUGGACACUUCCAAAAUAUGCUUUGAGAUGAGAAUUUUAAUUUCUCAGUCGAGACGCAGGGUGGCGCUGCAGGCUAAGACUGAAUCAAGAGCCCUAAAAAGCUCGCGUAUUCCUUUGUUGCAAAGAGAAAAUAUACACGCAUGAAGCUUUGCCAGCGGUGCUGGAUUACUAGCGAGUUUGGGCUGCGAUACACUAAACGAAUUUACGAUUAAAGGCAACUUUGUGAGGACUCUACCAAACAAGAAAUCAGAAUUUAAUACCUCCAGUCUUUUUCUGGCUCCCAGGAGGGAUUGGAUAUAAAAGCACCAGGUCUCCAACAUGGAGACACUAGAGAGAAUUCAACCAAACAGGCAAGUGAUGGCCUUUAUUUUGAUGGUGUUCUUGUCUCAGGCUCGCGCCGAGCCUAUUCGUUAUUCUGUGAUGGAAGAAACAGAGAGUGGCUCCUUUGUAGCCCAUCUGACAGAGGAUCUGGGCCUGGGAAUUGGGGAACUGGCAGCCAGGUCGGCCCGGGUGGUGUCUGACGAUGACAAGCAGCGCUUGCAGCUGGAUCGUCAGACUGGAGAUUUGCUUUUGAGGGAGAAACUAGACCGGGAAGAGCUAUGUGGCCCUGUUGAACCGUGUGUACUGCAUUUCCAAGUAUUUCUAGAAACUCCAGUUCAGUUUUUUGAAGGAGAAUUAUCAAUCCAGGACGUAAAUGACCACUCCCCGGUAUUCCCGACUAGGGAAAUGCUCUUGAAAAUACCGGAAAACAGCCCGCCAGGGACUCUCUUUCCGUUGAAAUUGGCUCAGGAUUUGGAUGUGGGCAGCAAUGGUCUUCAAAAAUACACGAUCAGCCCCAACUCUCAUUUUCAUGUUCUAACCCGAAAUCAUAGUGAGGGCAAGAAAUACCCAGAUUUGGUGCAGGACAAAGCACUGGAUCGAGAAGAGCAGCCUGAGUUCAGCUUAACCCUCAUGGCACUGGAUGGUGGGUCUCCACCUAGGUCUGGCACCACUGCAGUGAGAAUCCUGAUUAUGGACGUCAAUGACAAUGCUCCAGAGUUUGUGCACUCCCCAUAUGAGGUGCAGGUCUUGGAAAACAGCCCCAUAGACUCCCCAGUACUUAGUGUCUCGGCUAGAGAUGCAGAUGCUGGAAACUUCGGGAGUGUUUCCUAUGGCUUGUUCCAAGCAUCAGAUGAAAUUAAGCAAACUUUCUCAAUAAAUGAAGUCACAGGAGAAAUCCGACUGACAAAGAAACUGGAUUUUGAACAAAUUAAAUCUUACCACGUGGAAAUUGAGGCUGUUGAUGGAGGAGGCCUUUCUGGAAAAGGCACUGUAGUCAUAUAUGUGGUGGAUAUGAAUGACAACGCCCCUGAACUUACCAUAUCUUCAGUCACCAGCUCUAUCCCAGAAAAUGCUCCUGAGACUGUAGUGUCUGUCUUCAGAAUUCGAGAUAGAGACUCUGGAGACAAUGGAAAGAUGAUUUGCUCUAUUCCAGAAAAUCUGCCUUUCCUUCUGAAACCGACUUUCAAGAAUUUCUACACCCUGGUAACAGAGAGCCCCCUCGACAGAGAGAGCCAGGCGGAGUACAACAUCACCAUCACCGUCAGUGACUUGGGGACCCCCAGGCUGAAGACCCAGCACAACAUCACCGUGACGGUCUCCGACGUCAACGACAACGCCCCCGCCUUCAGCCAGACCACCUACACCCUGCGCGUCCGCGAGAACAACAGCCCCGCCCUGCACAUCGGCACCGUGAGCGCCACCGACAGGGACGCGGGCGCCAACGCCCAGGUCACCUACUCGCUGCUGCCGCCCCGGGACCCGCACCUGCCGCUCGCCUCGCUGGUGUCCAUCAACGCGGACAACGGGCAGCUGUUCGCGCUCAGGUCCCUGGAUUACGAGGCGCUGCAGGCCUUCGAGGUCCGCGUGGGCGCGGCCGACCGCGGCUCGCCCGCGCUGAGCAGCCAGGCGCUGGUGCGCGUGCUGGUGCUGGACGACAACGACAACGCGCCCUUCGUGCUGUACCCGCUGCAGAACGGCUCUGCGCCCUGCACCGAGCUGGUGCCGCGGGCGGCCGAGGCGGGCUACCUGGUGACCAAGGUGGUGGCGGUGGACGGCGACGCGGGCCAGAACGCCUGGCUGUCGUUCCAGCUGCUCAAGGCCACGGAGCCCGGGCUGUUCGGCGUGUGGGCGCACAACGGCGAGGUGCGCACGGCCCGGCUGCUGAGCGAGCGCGACGCGGUCAAGCACAGGCUGCUGGUGCUGGUCAAGGACAAUGGCGAGCCGCCGCUGUCGGCCAGCGUCACGCUGCACGUGCUGCUGGUGGACGGCUUCUCGCAGCCCUACCUGCCGCUGCCGGACGUGGCGGCGGCCGAGGCCCGGGCCGACCCGCUCACCGUCUACCUGGUCAUCGCCUUGGCGUCCGUGUCGUCGCUCUUCCUGUGCUCGGCGCUGGCGUUCGUGGCGGUGCGGCUGUGCAGGAGGAGCGGGGCGGCGUCGGGGGGUGGCUGCGCGGUGCCCGAGGGCCACUUUCCGGGCCACCUGGUGGACGUCAGCGGCGCGGGGACCCUGUCCCAGAGCUACCAGUAUGACGUCUGUCUGACCGGAGUCCCUAGAACUGGUGAGUUCAAAUUUCUGAAACCGCUAUUUCCCAACCUCUUGAUUGAGGACAGUGAGAGAGAAAUUAAAGAAAACUCCAACUGCAGGAAUAGCUUCGUAUUCAGUUAAAGAUUGUAUCUGGUCAAGUCAGCCUCUCCUUAAUUUUGGUAAACAUCUCAUUGCCAUGCCUUUCUUUUAAUAAAUUUUGUUGUCUAAAUAUGUAUAUCUCUAUUCCAAACUACGCAUAUCCCUGAUUGUGCUAAAAUUUCCUCCUUUAAUAUUCAUUGGACUCGCAUUUUCAGUUACACUGGUUAUGGAGUAUGUAUAUUCUCCAUAUUUGACCUUUUCUUAGUGAUUAAUCUUUCCAUAACUAUAAUUACUCAAGUAGUGUAAGAAAAAACUUUAUUUAAAUCAACUUCUUAAUGUCUUAAAGCUUUUAUGUAUUUGUGCAUUUCUAUAUAUUUGUAAUGUUUGUCUUUAUCUUCGGAGUGUUGGAAAUUCUUUUAGCUUCCUAGGCCUUGUUGACUGUUCUCCAGGUUAUGUCCCCGAAAACCCAUGAGCAUCUAACUUAAUUGUUUCUCUGAAAUUGUACAUAAACAUGCACUUUGAUUAAAAUAUUAAUACACUAAAAUUGUGACUUCCUAUUGUGAACACCAUACAUACUAGAAUUUAAAAAAAUUUUUUUUGAUUGUUACUUACCUAUCACCUUGUGUGUGUUCCAUAUAUACUAAUAUUAGAUUUUAAAAAUUAUUCUCAAUUAUAAGUAAUAAUUGAGAAAAAUCCAUAAUUUGGCAUCAUGCUCACUAAACAAACCUAAGUCACUGCUUGGUAAGAUACUUUAAAACAAUUUCAGAACCUUAAAUAAGCCUUAAAUCCUUUCAAAGGAUUCAAGAUAUGAAGGACAUCAUAUACUUCCUUGUCCUUCAUUUUGCCCAAUAAAUAGAAGUUCAUGUGUAAUUUAAUGUAUAUGUUUCUUUUGGUUUUCUUUCAGCUUCCCUCCAUCUUUCGAAAGGGUCAAAGAAUUUCUUCUGAGUUUCAGUUAUUCUUUUCAGGUCUAUUCAAGGUUAUUGGGUGAUAGGAAAUUUUCAUUUUAAAUUACUUUGCAGACAUAAACAUCCUUUAUCAACAAAAUAAUGUUUUAUUUUUGAUGUCGAAGUUAUCUUCUGUUCAAUGUACUCCGAGGUAUUUAAUGUAAGCUUAUCAAUUCUGCUAAAUUUUCAUUUAUAAGAAAUAAGCAUUAUUUUGUCAUUUUGGACAAUAAGAAUAGAAAUAGGAAUUAAAUAAGAAGUAAACUUAUAGGAAGUAUAAUUGUUUUACGUUGUAUUCAAUAAGCAAAGUCAGCUAAUCAUGUGGUUUCCAACUAAAUUUAUAUGGAUAUAAGUGUAAAACCUCUUAGUUGAACUUUUGGCAUAAUGUGAGCGAUUAAAGGGCUUGCUUUUUAAUCUAAAUAUUUAUUUUUAAUCUGAAGGGUCAUCCUACUAGAAUUUAAUUAUUUAUACUUAUCCCUGAAUUACUUUUUUUUCUUAAGGGUAUAAUGACAUAAAAAGGAAAAUUACUGGUUAAGUUAUUCCUGAAACAUAACCUUUAGCUUUCAUCUAGCCUAAAAAUUGAAAUGAGAAAGUGAUAAAAAUGAGAACAAAAUUAAACACAAGUACAUAUAGACAUAAAUAUGGUAGUAAACUUUAAUGACUACUCCAUUUACUGGCUAUUUAAAUGAAUAGCUUUUAUGUAUGGUGAUGAGAAAUGUGAUUGAAGUUUUCACCAGUAUAUUUCAACAUUAUCAAAAUCCAAGUUCCCUUUUUUCUAUUUAUGUCAGUAAAGUCCAAUUUGUAUAAUUGCCCAAAUGAGACUGGCCAAAUAAACACCCAGAACCCACCUUUAUGAAUUUAUGUGUAAAUCUGUGAAUUACUUUGUGUAUUAUUUUAUGGAUUACUGUGUGUAUUCAUAAAGCACAGAUCAUUCUUUACAAUAAUGCAUGGAUCAUUCUGUAUACCAGACUUUGGUGUAGGAUGGAUCAACAUUUUGAAAUCCAAUGAUUUUCUAAGUAAGAUGAUUUCAAAGAUUUUUUUAGUAGUAAAUGUGAUCAAAUAAUUUCUGCAAAUUGAAUACCUUAUGAAAAAUAGGCCAAUUCUAUUGUUGCAAAAACAAAAAUAAACAAUGAAGGCCAAAGAUCUUGAUAAUAAUGCUCAUUUCAAUCCUAUGUUUUCUCACAUGCUUCUGUUAUAUGUGCAUUUUUCCUGUUUUACUGAGAAAUAAUUGAAAUACAUACUGUGUAAAUUUAAGGUGUACAGAAUGAUGCUUUGAACUAAUUAUAUUGUGAAGUGACUACCACACACAAUAGGUUCAGCUAAUAUCCUUCUUAUAUAUAUAUCUUUUACAAUUUCUUUAUAGUUUUUUUGGCCACAGCGCACAGUAAGUUGAACAUAUGUUGUUUGGGGGCAGAAAUUUUACUGAAGGCAUUGUAUAGGCCCACGUCACUUCAAAAACCCCCUCUUCCUUUACCACUGAAAAUUACAAAAUACAGAUUUUAAACAAUCUGAGGUUAAAAGUUAUGUACUGGGCAGCCCUGGUGGCUCAGUGGUUUAGCGCCGCCUUCAGCCCAGGGCGUGAUCCUGGAGACCUGGGAUUGAGUCCCAUGUCAGGCUCCCUGCAUGGAGCCUGCUUCUCCCUCUGCCUAUGUCUCUGCCUCUCACUCUUUCUGUGUGUCUCUCAUGAAUAAAUAAA